AUGGCUUCUGAUGGGAACCAGAGUAUUGGUGCAACAGAGUUCAUCCUGGCAGGGUUCCCAAAUCUCAACAGCACAACAAUGGAACUGUUUUCUGUGUUCCUCCUUAUCUAUCUACUGACUCUGACAGGCAACGUGUUGAUUGUGGGGGUGGUAAGAGCUGAUACUCGCCUGCAGAUCCCCAUGUACUUCUUUCUGGGUAACCUGUCCUGCCUAGAGAUUCUGCUCACUUCCGUCAUCAUCCCUAAGAUGCUAAGCAAUUUUCUCUCAAGGCAACACACUAUUUCCUUUGCUGCAUGUAUCACCCAGUUCUAUUUCUACUUCUUUCUUGGGGCUUCUGAGUUCCUGCUGUUGGCUGUCAUGUCCAUGGAUCGCUACCUGGCCAUCUGUCAGCCCCUGCGCUACCCGUUGCUCAUGAGUGGGCCUGUGUGCUUUCGCGUCGCCUUGGCCUGCUGGGUGGGGGGACUCCUCCCUGUGCUUGGUCCCACAGUGGCUGUGGCCUUGCUUCCUUUCUGCAGGCAGGGUGCUGUGGUGCAGCACUUCUUCUGUGACAGUGGCCCACUGCUCCGCCUGGCAUGCACUAAUACUAAGAAGCUGGAGGAGACUGACUUUGUCCUGGCCUCUCUUGUCAUUGUAUCCUCACUGAUGAUCACGGCGGUAUCUUACGGCCAGAUAGUCCGGGCUGUCCUGCGCAUCCCCUCUGCUUCAGGCCGUCAGAAGGCCUUCUCUACCUGUACUUCCCACUUGAUGGUGGUGACCCUCUUCUAUGGAAGUGCCAUGUUUCUCUAUGUGCGGCCAUCACAGAGUGGCUCAGUGGAUACUAACUGGGCAGUGACGGUGAUAACCACGUUCGUGACGCCACUGCUGAAUCCAUUCAUCUAUGCCUUGCGCAAUAAGCAGGUCAAGGAAGCUUUGAAGGACAUGUUUAGGAAAGUGGUAGGAGAUUUUUUAGGGCAUCUUUUCCUUGAUAAGAGUCUUAAUAGGAAAACAGUAAGGUGA